UCGUGUUGCAGGGAGCAGCCUCGUUCUGAGCGGGGGCAACACCUAGGUAGCGAGAAAGGAAAAACAGGGAGACCGUGGGGUGGGUUUGUUAGCCUUGAUGUUUUCCUUAAAUGGACGAAUUGUAACACUAUAACACGAUUUUUAUUAUAGCAAGUAUUUAUUCUAUACCAACACUGUACUGCGAAGAUACAGGACACAUUUUGGUUUGAGAAACACCUUGAACAAGUAAAAUGUCACGGGGGGCAUUGCAGCCGAGCCAGCAAAAGCUGGCAGAGAAAUUUACCAUCCUUAACGACAGGGGAAUCGGGAUGCUCACCCGGAUCUAUAACAUCAAAAAGCAAGGACAAGUUUGGAAGGCAUGCGGCGACCCCAAAGCAAAGCCGUCAUACCUGGUGGACAAAAACUUGGAGUCGGUGGUUAAGUUUAUCGUACGAAAAUUCCCUGCAAUAGAGACGCGAAACAAUAAUCAACAGCUUACACAGCUUCAAAAAGAAAAGUCUGAAAUACUAAAGAAUCUAUCUUUAUAUUACUUCACAUUUGUGGAUGUCAUGGAAUUCAAGGACAAUGUUUCUGAAUUGCUGAACACUAUUGACGCUUGCCAGGUUUUCUUUGAUGUUACGGUUAACUUUGAUCUCACCAAGAACUACCUUGACUUGGUUGUCACCUACACUACACUAAUGAUGCUACUGUCCCGUAUUGAAGAGCGGAAAGCAAUCAUUGGACUCUACAACUACGCCCAUGAAAUGACACACGGGGCCAGUGACAGGGAAUACCCAAGGCUGGGCCAAAUGAUCGUGGACUAUGAGAAUCCUCUGAAAAAGAUGAUGGAAGAGUUUGUCCCUCAUGGGAAGUCUUUGUCAGACGCACUCAUCUCGCUGCAGAUGGUCUACCCCAGGAGGAACCUGUCCGCUGACCAGUGGAGGAACGCCCAGCUUCUGAGCCUGAUUAGCGCCCCCAGUACCAUGCUCAACCCGGCCCAGUCAGACACAAUGCCCUGUGAAUACCUCUCCUUAGACUGUAUGGAGAAAUGGAUUGUGUUCGGGUUCGUCCUGUGCCACGCGGUGCUGAAUACUGACCCAGCAGCGCUGAGCCUGUGGAAGCUGGCCCUCCAGAGCAGCACCUGCCUCUGUCUCUUCAGGGAUGAGGUCUUUCACAUCCACAAGGCCUGUGAGGACCUGUUCGUCAACAUCCGUGGCUACAAUAAACGUCUAAAUGACAUCAAAGAAUGCAAAGAACAAGCACUAUCGCAAGCUGGGACCAUGCAUAGAGAAAGGCGCAAGUUUCUUAGGUCUGCCCUGAAAGAGUUGGCCACAGUUCUGUCUGACCAGCCUGGACUGCUGGGCCCAAAGGCUCUGUUUGUGUUCAUGGCUCUCUCUUUCGCCCGGGAUGAGAUCAUCUGGCUCCUCCGCCAUGCAGACAACAUACAGAAAAAAAGCACAGAUGACUUCAUUGACAAGCAUGUUGCAGAGCUCAUCUUCUACAUGGAGGAGCUCCGGGCACACAUCAGGAAGUACGGUCCCGUAAUGCAACGGUACUAUGUGCAGUACUUGUCCGGCUUUGACGCUGUGAUUCUCAAUGAGCUUGUGCAGAACCUCUCCGUCUGCCCUGAGGAUGAGUCCAUCAUCAUGUCCUCCUUUGUGAACACCAUGACCUCCCUCAGCGUGAAGCAAGUGGAGGACGGAGACAUGUUUGAUUUCCGGGGCAUGAGGCUUGACUGGUUCCGUCUGCAGGCCUACACUAGUGUGUCAAAAGCCUCUCUGGGCAUCGCUGACCACCGUGAACUGGGCAAGAUGAUGAACACCAUCAUAUUCCACACCAAGAUGGUGGACUCACUGGUGGAGAUGUUAGUGGAAACCUCAGACAUCUCCAUCUUCUGCUUCUACAGCCGAGCAUUUGAGAAGAUGUUUCAGCAGUGUUUGGAACUGCCCUCACAGUCGCGCCACUCCAUCUCAUUCCCCCUGCUGUGCACACACUUCAUGAGCUGUACCCAUGAGCUCUGUCCCGAAGAGCAUCACAUUGGCGAUCGCAGUCUGUCGCUCUGCAACAUGUUCCUGGACGAGAUGGCCAAGCAGGCGCGCAACCUCAUCACCGACAUCUGCACAGAGCAGUGCACGCUCAGUGACCAGCUGCUUCCUAAACACUGUGCGAAAACCAUCAGUCAGGCAGUGAACAAGAAGUCCAAAAAGCUGACUGGGAAGAAAGGCGAGCCGGAGCGAGAGAAGCCGGGUGUUGAGAGCAUGAGGAAGAACAGGCUCCUGGUCACCAACCUGGACAAGCUGCACACGGCGCUGUCAGAGCUGUGCUUCUCCAUUAACUACGUGCCCAACAUGGUGGUGUGGGAACACACCUUUACCCCCCGCGAAUACCUCACCUCCCACCUGGAGAUCCGCUUCACCAAGUCCAUCGUGGGGAUGACCAUGUACAACCAGGCCACGCAAGAGAUCGCCAAGCCCUCCGAGCUGCUCACCAGCGUGCGUUCCUACAUGACGGUGCUGCAGUCCAUCGAGAACUAUGUGCAGAUUGACAUCACGCGGGUGUUCAACAACGUGCUGCUGCAGCAGACCCAGCACCUGGACAGCCAUGGGGAGCCCACCAUCACCAGCCUCUACACCAACUGGUAUCUGGAGACCUUGCUCCGGCAGGUAAGUAACGGCCACAUUGCCUACUUCCCUGCCAUGAAGGCCUUUGUCAACCUGCCUACGGAGAACGAGCUCACCUUUAAUGCUGAGGAGUACUCCGAUAUAUCCGAGAUGAGGUCACUCUCAGAGCUGCUGGGACCCUAUGGCAUGAAGUUCCUCAGCGAGAGCCUCAUGUGGCACAUAUCCUCCCAGGUGGCAGAACUCAAGAAACUGGUGGUGGACAACGUGGAAGUUCUGAACCAGAUGAGGACCAGCUUUGAUAAGCCAGAGCAGAUGGCUGCCCUCUUUAAAAAGCUCUCAUCUGUUGACAGCGUCCUGAAAAGGAUGACCAUUAUUGGAGUCAUCUUGUCAUUCCGAUCACUGGCCCAGGAAGCACUCCGCGACGUGCUGUCCUUCCACAUUCCUUUCCUGGUGAGCUCCGUCGAGGAUUUCAAGGACCACAUUCCCAGAGAGACUGACAUGAAGGUGGCCAUGAAUGUGUAUGAGCUGUCGUCUGCAGCAGGCCUGCCCUGUGAGAUAGACCCAGCCUUAGUGGUGGCCCUUUCUUCACAGAAAUCAGAAAACAUAAGCCCAGAGGAGGAGUAUAAGAUCGCCUGUCUGCUCAUGGUCUUCGUUGCCGUUUCCAUGCCAACUCUGGCCAGCAACGUCAUGUCUCAAUAUAGCCCUGCAAUCGAAGGACACUGCAACAAUAUUCACUGUCUGGCGAAAGCUGUCAACCAGAUAGCUGCUGCCUUGUUCACCAUUCACAAGGGAAGCAUUGAAGAUCGUCUCAAAGAAUUUCUGGCUCUGGCAUCUUCCAGCUUGCUGAAGAUUGGCCAGGAGACAGACAAAAUGACGACACGAAACAGGGAGUCUGUGUACCUGCUGCUGGACAUGAUUGUACAAGAGUCUCCAUUCCUCACCAUGGACCUCCUGGAGUCAUGCUUCCCCUACGUGCUACUGAGAAACGCUUACCACGCCGUCUACAAGCAGAGCAUCAGCUCAUCUGCAUAAGUCUCCUCUUCAGAACAUAAGUCCCUCACAUGGGACAUCAAGUGGACCACAGGAGCCUUGCUAACAUAAACUGCCGUGUGCUCAUUUCACUUAGUCUUAAAACUACACUAUGAAAUUGUGGGAUACAUUUUUUUCUCCUCGUGAAAUUGCAUUAAUGACCUGUCGUUUCCUAAAAGAGUCAUAUAGUAGUAACCUAUGAGUUUUGCUUGAUAAAAAAAAGAAAAAAGAUUUACACUACUAAAUUCAAUUUUUUUAUGAAAAGCAUCAGUUUUUCAAUAUGAGAAAAAUGUGUAAUGGAAAAAUAACAAUCUCUGAUGUUUGGGGGCUGAAUUUUAAAUAUCUUUAUUAUUAAUAAUGCAAACAUGUUGCCUGUUUAUUGACCGGAGCUUUAAUGAUUUUAUUUAGGUGAUUGUUCUAGAUUUUUAUGGGUUAUUCUGUGUGUUUUUUUACAGUUUGGUUUUUAUAUUUGCCAAAUUAUUGACACAAAUGCGUCUGAUUUGGUUUGAUACUCAACAUUGUUGCCAGUAGCUAUAUAAUAAGAUGAACAGAUGGUGUUUGUACAAAGCAUAGUAUAAUUUUUUUACUAACUCAUGAUGCCUCAGUGUCAUUAACUCACCAUUGUACCUGCCCAUAUGGUAUAAAAUUUCUUGCAUAUUUAUGGAAUGUUUAUAAAUUGUUCUACCUUAACCACUUUUAUGUUUUACAUUUUUGAAAAUUACACUAACUUCCAUAACAUAAACAAACAAUAGGUUAUAUCAAACUGCUCUGUUAGCCCAAAUAUAGCAUCAUUCAGUUUUUUUUUUUUUUUACCUUUAUUUAACCAGGUAGGCUAGUUGAGAACAAGUUCUCAUUUGCAACUGCAACCUGGCCAAGAUAAAGCAUAGCAGUGUGAACAGACAACAGAGUUACACAUGGAGUAAACAAUUAACAAGUCAAUAACACAGUAGAGAAAAAAAAGGGGAGUCUAUAUACAUUGUGUGCAAAAGGCAUGAGGUAGGCGAAUAAUUACAAUUUUGCAGAUUAACACUGGAGUGAUAAAUGAUCAGAUGGUCAUGUACAGGUAGAGAUAUUGGUGUGCAAAAGAGCAGAAAAGUAAAUAAAUAAAAACAGUAUGGGGAUGAGGUAGGUAAAAAUGGGUGGGCUAUUUACCGAUAGACUAUGUACAGAUGCAGCGAUCGGUUAGCUGCUCAGAUAGCAGAUGUUUGACGGACCAUUGUAACAGUGAGUUCCAUCCCAACUGUGACACAAAGUCUCAACCUUUUGUGCACAUCGCUCACCACUCAACUUCAACUGUGCAAACUGACUCCAUGAGCAACAGUUGUCUUUCAUUUAGUUUGACUAACUUCAAGUUGUCAGGGAGGGGGCUCAUCGAUGGCCACUCAGAUGCUUAUCUACCCAGCUAGUUUCACGUCUGACAGACCAGAGGGAUAUACUACAAAGCAGGAUCAAGCCAGCUAAAAUUGAUAAACAACCUGAAAUAACUAUUGAUUUUCUGGUUCAUAAGUGUUUCUGGUCGAUGAGUCAGUUAGACCAUGCCCAUGUUAUGCUUAUCUUCUUAAAAUAAUACAUAGCUAUUUCAGAAUAUUCUUGUAAGUUAGCUGGCUAAGUCAUUGAUCUUGCUUUGUAGGAUACCCCUCAGACAUGUACUAAGAAAGGGAAUAUUUGUAUGUCUUUUUGGAUCCCCAUUAGCUGAUGCCACUCUUCCUGGGGUCCAGCAAAAUGAAGGCCGUUAUACAUUUAAAAAAACAUUACAAUACAUUUUACAACAGAUUUCACAACAUCCUAAGUGUGUGCUCUCAUGCCGCUACUCUGUGUACGUGUGUGUAUAAAUGCGCAUGUUAUCGUGUGUAUGCAUGUGUCUGUGCCUAUGUUUGUGUUGCUUCACAGUCCCCGCUCUCUUGUAAGGUGUAUUUGUUUUUUAAGUCUAAUUUUACUACUUGCAUCAGUUACUUGAUGUGGAAUAGCAUUCCAUGUAGUCAUGGCUCUAUGUACGCCUCCCAUAGUCUGUUCUGGUCUCAGGGACUGUCAAGAGACCUAUUGUGGCAUGUCUUGUGGGGUAAGCAUGGGUGUCCGAGCUGUCUGCCAGUAGUUCAGACAGCUCGGUGCAUUCAACAUGUCAAUACUUCUCACAAAUACAAGUAGUGAUGAAGUCAAUCUCCUCCACUUUGAGCCAAGAGAGAUUGACAUGCAUAUUAUUAAUGUUAGCUAUCUCUGUACUUGAGGGCCAGCCGUGCUGCCUUGUUCUGAGAUAAUUGCAAUUUUCCUUUGUGGCACUUGACCACAGGACUGAACACUAGUCCAGGUGCGACAAAACUAGGGCCUGUAGGACCUGUCUUGUUUAUAGUGCUGUUAAGAAUGCGAAGCAGCACUUUAUUAUGGACAGACUUCUACCCAUCUUAGCUACUGUUGUAUGAAUAUGUUAUGACCAUGACAGUUUACAGUCCAGGGUUAUUCCAAGCAGUUCAGUCUCCUCAACUUGCUCAGUUACGACAUUAUUCAUUACAAAAUUUAGUUGAGGUUUAGUGAAUUAUUUGUCCCAAAUACAAUGCAUAUAGUUUUUUUUUAAACUCUUAAUCCUUGCGACCCAUUCUGAAACUAACUGCAGCUCUUUAAGUGUUGCAGUCAUUUCAGUCGCUGUAGUAGCUGACGUGUAUAGUGUUGAGUCACCCGCAUACAUAGAUACACUGACUUUACUCGGUCACUGGCAUGACGUUAGUAAAAAAUAAAUAAAAGCAAGGGACGUUAGUAAUGAUUGAAAGAAGUAAGGGGCUUAGACAGCUGCCCUGGGGAAUUCCUGGAUUUUAUUGGAGGGAACACCCACAUUAUAGCAGGGGGUGUAGAGCCAUAACACAAGUUUUUCUAUGAACUAUGGUCGAUAAUGUCAACCACACUGAAUAACAACACAGCCCCCCCAACAUUUUUAAUUAUCAAUUUCUCUGUCAUUUGUGUAAGUUUGUUGAAUGCCCUUCCCUAUGAAAGUCUGUUGUGAAUUUGUUUACUUUAAAAUAGCAUUGUGUCUGGUCAAAUGUUUUUCUAAAAGUUUGUAACAGGCUGAUUGGUUGGCUAUUUGAGACAGUAAAGGGGGCUUUACUAUCCUUAGGUAGGGGAAUAACUAUUGCCUCCCUCCAGGCCUGAGGGCACACACUUUCUAGUAUGCUUAAAUUAAAGAUAUGGCAAAUAAACUCAGAAAAAAAGAAACAUC